CAGGCAGCAGCAGUCCAGCCCAGCACCUCCACCGCCACCUCGCGCGCGCCAUCAGCUAGCUAGGAUAGGACGUGCCCCGUCCCCCCGCCGAAACCGCGCCGAGCUUUCUCAUCCCGCUCCGUCCACGCCGCGAUCCACACCCUUCCCUGUCCCCCACCCCCCUCCUGGAAAUUCGGCACCUUCACACCGCCCUAUAGCUACCAGUACAAAACACGAGCCAGCCUUCCUUGCACGGCUACUCUGCUCUCCCCUGCUCUGCUCUUCCCCUGAGACGGACGGCACACGCCCCGUUCCUUGCCUGUCGUCCCGUGGCGCGCACCGGCGCUCGAGCCGAGCCCCUCACGCCCGCCACCGCGGCAGCUCGCCAGAGAACGCGCCGAGAGAUGAGCUGCCUGGGGUGGCUCAACAGGAGGAAGGGGUCCGGGAGCGGGAGGCGGGGCUCCUCGGCCUCGGCGCCGGCCACCACGAUGACGACCAUGACCACCACCACCACCACCACCACCACCACCGGGUCGGCGGUGAGCACGAGCCGGUCGGACGACUCCGGGGCGGGGCGGCCCACCAGCAAGUCCACGGGCUCCGCCUCCUCGCAGCGGAGCAUCUCCUCGCUCUACGAGGAGCGCGGCCACGGCCAGCUGCGCGCCUUCGAGUACGACGACCUCCGGGCCGCCACCAACGACUUCGGCCGCGCGCAGAAGCUCGGCGAGGGCGGCUUCGGCGGCGUCUACAAGGGCUUCGUCCGCCCGCUCGACCCCCGGGCCGACCGCAUCGCCGUCGCCGUCAAGCGCCUCAACACGCGCGGCCUCCAGGGACAUAAGCAGUGGCUGGCAGAAGUACAGUUCCUUGGGGUUCUUGAGCACCCAAAUCUUGUAAAGCUUCUCGGAUAUUGUGCCGUUGAUGGUGAAAGGGGGGCCCAAAGAUUACUGGUCUAUGAGUACAUGCCCAACAAGAGCCUGGAAGAUCACUUGUUCAGCCGAAUCCAUCCUGCUCUCUCGUGGAACAGAAGGCUUCAGAUUAUCUUGGGUGCCGCUGAAGGAUUGGCUUACCUCCAUGAAGGGCUGGAACUUCAGGUGAUCUACCGGGACUUCAAAGCGUCGAACGUGCUGCUGGACAAGGACUUCCAAGCGAAGCUAUCAGACUUCGGGCUCGCGAGGGAGGGGCCAACAGAGGGGAACACUCAUGUCUCAACUGCGGCUGUGGGGACGCACGGGUACGCGGCGCCGGAAUACAUCGAGAAGGGGCACCUGACGGCGAAGAGCGACGUGUGGGGCUUCGGGGUGGUGCUGUACGAGAUCCUGACGGGGCGGCGGUCGCUGGACAGGAACCGGCCGCAGGGGGAGCAGAAGCUGAUCGAGUGGGUGGUCCAGUUCCCGCCGGACAGCCGCAACUUCCGCAUGAUCAUGGACCCCAAGCUCCGCGGCGAGUACUCCUCCAAGGCGGCCCGGGAGAUCGCCAAGCUCGCCCAGAGCUGCCUCCUCAAGAACCCCAAGGAGCGGCCCGCCAUGAGCGAGAUCGUCGAGGUGCUCAGGCGAGCCGUGCAGACCGAGCAAGCCUAUGUGGACAAGGCACCCGUCGCCGGCAACGGGAAGAGGGUCAACGUGGCGCCGCCGUCGAGGAGGUGACUGAUGUGCUGUCGAGGAGAAUUCCUUGUCCCUCCUUUUAGGCGAGGUUUGCGUAUAGCUAUGUCAACAUGAGUUUAGAUGAUUUGGGUUGUCGGAUUGUUGAUAGUGUUUUCCCCUCUUCUUUGAGGCUCAUUUGAGUGAAGAAUCAGUUACUGUGGAAUGCAAAUUAACCAGCCAA